UAGAAAGAUAGUUAAGAAUCAAUCUGAAUCCUAUCUGUUUUAGACGGAACCGAAAACUAAAUUUAAACUUGAUUUCCAGAAAUGAAGUUCGGGAAGGAAUUUUCUGCACAAAUGGUGCCGGAAUGGAAAGACGCAUACAUGGACUACGACUAUCUAAAAUCCCUCUUAAAAGAAAUUCAAGUCUGCAAGCAAAGAAACAACCCCGACCCACCGGCCGCCGCCACGCCCCGCAGCUACGGCCUAAAGCGGAGGCUCACGUUGUACAGAGCCUUCAGCGGUCUGACAAAAAGUAGGCACACCCAGCAGCCCGCCAGCCCGUCUUCCGCCUCCGACAUUGAGAGCCAGGCCAUUCUUGUCAACUCCGUCAACGAAAACGGCAAUGAGAGCUACCAGACGAUGUUUCUGAUGGCGGCGGAGGAAGGCGGAGUUCAGGAGCUGGAGUACUUCAAGAGGCUUGACGACGAGUUCAAUAAAGUGGACAAGUUUUAUAGGUCGAAGGUUGACGAGGUGAUGAAGGAAGCUGCGGUUCUUAACAAGCAAAUGGACGCUUUGAUUGCGUUUCGGAUCAAAGUGGAGAACCCUCAGAGAAUGUUUGAUUGGUCAGGGGAGAUGACUCGCCUUGCUUCCGAUGUUGCCACGUCUACAGCUGCAUUGGCUGCCGCCACCCCACGCAGUGCCAGAGCAAGCAGGCGCGUACUGGCUAUGGAUGCGAUUGAAGAGAGCGGAUCAAACAGUUCGGGUGACGAAGAAAAAGAAGACAAAAAGAGUGGAGACGUUGAGAUGAAAGUGAAGAAGUCGGAGAGCGGGAGAGGCACUAGGCCUGCGCCACUAGAUAUACUGGACCAAGUGACAAUGAAUCACAUGGCUGAGACACCGCGUUCCACCAUCAAAGGCUUCCUCAACGUGGCUCCACACACGGAGCUCAAGUUCAGCAGGGCUAAUCUCAGCAAAGUUGAACAACAGCUCAGGGGCGCUUUCAUUGAAUUUUACCAGAAGCUUCGGCUUCUGAAGAGCUACGGAUUUUUGAAUACGUUGGCUUUCUCAAAGAUCAUGAAGAAAUACGAUAAGGUGGCUUCGAGAGAUGCAUCAAAAUCUUACAUGAACAUGGUGGAUAACUCAUACCUUGGUAGCUCCGACGAGAUUACAAAGCUUAUGGAAAGGGUUGAAACUACGUUCAUCAAGCAUUUCUCGAACUCCAAUCGCCGAAAAGGAAUGGCGGUCUUGAGGCCAAAACCGAGGGUAGAAAGACAUCGGAUAACAUUCGCUAUGGGUUGCUUUGCUGGCUGCACAGCUACCCUCAUAUUAGCCCUUGUUUUGAUCAUUCGUGCUCGAAAUAUUAUGGAUAAUCCGGAGAGAAGUAAAUACAUGGAAAACAUGUUUCCUCUAUACAGCUUGUUCGGAUUCAUAGUUCUCCACAUGCUUAUGUAUGCCGGAAAUAUAUACUUUUGGCGGCGGUUCAGAGUCAAUUACUCUUUCAUAUUCGGUUUCAAGCAAGGAACCGAGUUGGGAUACAGAGAGGUCCUCCUUCUGAGUUCUGGUCUGGCAAUGCUAGCACUAGCCUCUGUGCUCGCAAAUCUUGACAUGGAGAUGGACCCGAAAACCAAAGAUUACAAAGCGCUAACCGAGCUUCUCCCACUCUUCUUGCUCCUGCUUGUGAUUGUGAUAUUAUUAUGCCCCUUCAACAUCAUAUAUCGCUCGAGUCGCUACUUCUUCCUGGUUUGUGUGUUCCACUGCAUCUGUGCUCCUCUCUAUAAGGUCACACUCCCGGAUUUCUUCUUGGCAGAUCAGUUAACUAGCCAGGUGCAAGCCUUUAGAAGUCUGCCAUUCUACAUUUGCUAUUAUGGCGGGGGAGACUACAAAGUCAGAAAAACAACUUGCAGAUCAGAUGACGUCUUCAAAAUUGUUACUUUCAUCGUGGCGUGCGUUCCAUAUUGGUCCCGCCUCCUUCAGUGCAUCCGCCGUUUGGUUGAAGAGAAAGAUCCAAUGCAAGGUUACAAUGGACUGAAAUAUUUCUUCACCAUCGUAGCUGUCAGCAUGAGAAUAGCCUACACUCAUAACAACGACGUGAACUGGAAAAUUCUUGCUGGGAUUUUCUCAAUUGUUGCAGCUAUCUAUGGAACAUACUGGGAUCUUGUCGUGGACUGGGGACUUCUGCAACGCCGCUCCAAGAAUCGAUGGUUGAGAGACAAACUCUUGGUCCCUUACAAAAGCGUAUACUUCGUAGCCAUGGUGUUGAAUGUGAUGCUGAGAUUUGCCUGGCUGCAGACAGUUUUGAAUUUCAAUGUCUCCUUCAUGCAUACACAGACAAUGAUCUCGGUUGUGGCGAGCUUGGAGAUAAUUCGUCGAGGGAUAUGGAGCUUUUUCCGGUUGGAGAACGAGCAUCUCAACAAUGUCGGAAAGUACAGAGCAUUCAAGUCAGUGCCACUGCCCUUCAACUAUGAUGAAGACGAAGGCAAAGAUGAGUAGGCAAAGCAAAUCGCAAACAUCUCAAAUUGUCUACAGGCUGCUGAAACUUUUCUUCUUUUUCCUCCCCCUUUCCAUUCAUUUAUUGCUGCAGCUGAAUGCAGAGUUGCAUCUGUAGUUCUUUAUUUUUUCUUUUAUUUUUUGGGAAAUUUGUAAACGGAAUUUGUUACAUUUUACGUAAUGCAAUCGCCUUGAACAAA